AUGACAUCAUUUUUAUUCAGGGUUAUAGCGUUCACUGGAAAUGAAGAUUCCAGAAAGUUCUUUUUGGAAGGAGAGUUGACUUUGAACAACAUCAAGUCAUUUGGUGAAAAUUUCCUAGAAGACAACCUCAAGCCCUUCUACAAGUCGGAUCCAAUCCCAGAGACUAAUGAUGAGGAUGUAAAAAUAGUUGUUGGUAAUAACUUCGAUGAAAUAGUUUUAGACGAGUCAAAGGAUGUUCUUCUAGAGAUAUACGCGUCAUGGUGUGGCCAUUGCCAAGCACUCGAACCAACAUACAAUAAACUUGCAAAACAUCUUAGAGGGAUUGAUUCCCUUGUUAUAGCCAAAAUGGAUGGCACCACAAAUGAACACCCUCGUGCCAAGUCUGAUGGAUUCCCGACACUUCUUUUCUUCCCCGCUGGCAAUAAGAGUUUUGACCCGAUCACAGUUGAUACAGAUAGAACAGUGAAAGCCUUCUACAAGUUUCUCAAGCAACACGCGGCUAUCCCUUUCAAGCUCCAGAAACCUGAGUCGACUCAGAAACCCGAGUCAACACAGGAAAGUAGCAAUCAAGAUCUGAAGGAUGAAUUAUGA